AGUGCGUCCUGCCUGUGGAUAACACGAGACACUUCUUGUAGACAGCUCUUUCCAUAGAACCUCAUUUGGAUAAAGACUGUGCUCCCAUUAGUCAGGAGCUCUUAUCCUAUCAGUGGGAGAAUCAAUAUGAAUAAUAAGGACAAUUGACCCUGAGGGUGAUAAGGGAUCCAGGAAGGAGGUCUGUAACAGAUAAAGUUUUCUUUAGAACAUGAUGCUGCUUUCCACCGAACCACCAAGGAUAGACCAGGACAGAGACCACAUGGCUGCGAGGAUAUUAGACCUCACUCUAGAGAUCAUCUACCUGAUAACUGGAGAGGAUUACACAGUAGUGAAGAAGUCAUCUGGUGAGUGUGUGACACCCCAUGUGUCAGGAGAAUGGAGCAGGACCCCGGGAGCCAUCACCGAGCCUCCACCUCAUUCACUGAUACAUGAGCAGAAGAUCCUAGAACUUACCAACAGGAUCACUGAGCUGCUGACCGGAGAGGUUCCUAUAAGGUGUCAGGAUGUCACUGUCUAUUUCUCCAUGGAGGAGUGGGAGUAUUUAGAAGGCCACAAGGAUUUGUACAAGGACGUCAUGAUGAAGGAUCACCAGCCCCUCACAUCACCAGAUGGAUCCAGUAGGGGAAAUACACCAGAGAGAUGUCCUAGUCCUCUAUAUUCCCAGUAUUGUCCUGAGGAAAAGCAGAAUGUCCCACUGGAUCAUCAGUGGGAGUAUUUAGAAGGACACAAGGAUCUGUACAAGGACGUCAUGAUGAAGGAUCACCAGCCCCUCAAAUCACUAGAUGAGUCCAGUAGGAGAAAUCCACCAGAGGUAUGUUCCAGUCCUCUAUAUUCCCAGUAUUGUCCUGAAGAAAAGCAAAAUGUCCCACUGGAUCAUCAGGAUGUGGCAAUGUCUGAUGUGCUGUCGUGGAGACUUCCAAGAAACAAAGUUAACGGUUCCUCAAGUCACCACCAUUAUACAGGCCUCUUACACGGAAAGUUUUCUUUCAAUGACCCACCAAGGAUAGACGAGGGCAGAAACCACAUGGCUGCGAGGAUAUUAGACCUCACCCUAGAGAUCAUUUACUUGAUAACUAGAGAGGAUUACACAGUAGUGAAAAAGUCAUAUGGUGAGUGUGUGACACCCUGUGUGUCAAGAGAAUGGAGCAGGGCCCCAGGAGCCAUCACCGAGCCUCUACCUCAUUCAUUGAUACAUGAGCCGAAGAUCCUAGAACUUACUAACAGGAUCACUGAGCUGCUGACCGGAGAGGUUCCUAUAAGGUGUCAGGAUGUCACUGUCUAUUUCUCCAUGGAGGAGUGGGAGUAUUUAGAAGAUCACAAGGAUCUGUACAAGGACUUCAUGAUGAAGGACCACCAGCCCUUCACAUCAUCGGAUGAGUCCAGUAGGAGAAAUCCACUAGAGAGAUGCCCUAGUCCUCUAUAUUCCCAGUAUUGUCCUGAGGAAAAGCAAAAUGUCCCACUGGAUCAUCAGGACGGGGCAAUGUCUGAUGUGCUGUCGUGUAGACUUCCAAGAAACCCAGUUAACGCUACCUCAAGUCACCACAUUUGUACAGGUCUCUCACAUGGAAAGUUUUCUUUCAAUGACCUACCAAAGAUGGACGAGGACAGAGACCUCAUGGCUGCGAGGACAUUAGACCUCACCCUAGACAUCAUCUACUUGAUAACUGGAGAGGAUUACACAGUAGUGAAGAAGUCAUCUGGUGAGUGUGUGACACCCCAUGUGUCAGGAGAAUGGAGCAGGACCCCAGGAGCCAUCACCGAGCCUCUACCUUAUUCACUGAUACAUGAGCAGAAGAUCCCAGAACUUACCAACAGGAUCACUGAGCUGCUGACCAGAGAGGUUCCUAUAAGGUGUCAUGAUGUCACUGUCUAUUUCUCCAUGGCGGAGUGGGAGUAUUUAGAAGGACACAAGGAUCUGUACAAGGACUUCAUGAUAAAGGAUCACCAGCCCCUCACAUCACCAGAUGAAGACUUAAAGAGAGGAUCCGAUUCACACCUCCCUGUAUCUCCAUCUAAUGACAUAGAUAAUAAUUCAUGUCAGAUUGGCAAAACUAGAACUGGGCAAAGAAUAGUUAACAUUCUUUCCACACAUGAGAAAAUUCACAAAGGUAUAAAGUCAUCUACAUGUACCGAACAGGAAAAAUCUUUUAGUAAGAAAUUAAGUCUUGUGACACAUCAGAGGGUUCACACAGGGGAGAAGCCAUUUUCAUGUUCAGAAUGUGACAAAUGUUUUUCUAGGAAAUCCCAUCUCAUUGGACAUCAGACAAUUCACACAGGGGAGAAACCAUUUUCAUGCCCAGAAUGUGAGAAAUGUUUUAGGCUUAAAGAGACUCUUGUUGCACAUCAGAGAAGCCACACUGGAGAGAAGCCAUUUUCAUGUCCUGAAUGUGGGAAGUGCUUUAUUCGGAAAUCAAAUCUUGUGCAACAUCGAAUAACUCACAAAGAGAAGAUGCCAUUUAUGUGCUCGGAAUGUGGGAAGUGUUUUAGUCGGAAAUCAAGUCUUUUGGAACAUCUAGGAAGUCACACGGGGGAGAAGCCAUAUUCAUGUUCAGAAUGUGGGGAAAGUUUUAGUCUUAAAUCAAGUCUUUUAGAGCAUCUAAAAAUUCAUACAGGAGAGAAUUCCUGUUUAGAAUGUGGUAAAUGGUUUAACAUUAAAUCAAAGCUUGUGGCACAUCUAAGAAUUCACACAGGAGAUAAGCCAUUUUCAUGCCCUGAAUGUGGGAAGUGUUUUCGUCACAAAUCAAGUCUUGUUGUUCAUAAGAGAACUCACACAGGGGAGAAGCCAAAUUUAUGUCCAGAAUGUGGGAAGUGUUUUCGUCACAAAUCAAGUCUUGUUGUUCAUCUGAGAACUCACACAGGGGAGAAGCCAUAUUCAUGUUCUGAAUGUGGGAAAUGUUUUAACCAUAAAUCAGAUCUUCUGAAACACCAAAGAAUUCACACAGCAGAGAAGCCAAAUUUUUGCUCUGAGUGUGGAAAAAGUUAUAGCGAUAGAUCAGAUCUUGUGAAACACCAGAAAAUUCACACAGGAGAGAAGACAUAUUCAUGUACAGUAUGUGGGAAAUGUUUUUAUCGUAGAUCGAUCCUUAUGAGCCAUUUAAGACUUCACACAGGGGAGAAGCCAUAUUCAUGUACAGUAUGUGGAAAAUGUUUCUGUCAGAGUUCGAUACUUAUGAGCCAUAUAAGAGUUCACACAGGGGAGAAGCCAUUUUCAUGUACUGAAUGUAAGAAAUGUUAUCGUCACAAAUCAAGUCUUGUUGUUCAUAUGAGAACUCAUACAGGAGAGAAGCCACAUUCAUGUUCAGAAUGUGAGAAAUGUUUUAAGCAUAAAUCAGAUCUUCUGAAACACCGAAGAAUUCACACAACAUAAAAGUCAAAUUCAUGUCAAAAUGUGGUAAAUGUUUUAAUGAAAAAUCAGUUCUUGUGAAAAUCAGAAAAUUUACACAGGAGAGAAGCCAUAUUCAUGUACAGAAUUUGGGAAAUAUUUUCACUUGAGAUCGAAUCUUAUGGACCAUAUAAGAACUCACACAGGAGAAAAGCCAUAUUUGUGUACAGUUUGUGAGAAAUUUUAUCACCAUAAAUCAAAACUUGUGAACCACACAGGAGAGAAGUCAUUGUAAUGUUCAGAUUCUAGUAAUUGUGGCAUCUCCACUAUAACACUCACUACCUUUAGGAUGUCUUCUAUUGUAUUACAGCUGCUUUCUUCCAAAAGCAGUGACACACCUGUCCACAGGGUGUACGUGUUAUUGUAGCUCUGCUCCAUUCACAGCAAUGAGGAAAAGCUGCAAUACCAGUCGCAAACUAUGGACAGCAAUCAUUGUUUGCCUAGUCCCAAAAAUAGAUUAAAAAGUGAUCAAAAAGACUUGCGUUUCUUGUUAUGGUAAUAAUGAAAACUAUAG